UUCGCCCCGCAGCCGAGAGGUCCCGGCUCCCCGCACCCGCCCGGCCCGGCUGCUCCCGGCCAUGGGGAGCUGCGCGCAGCGGCUGCUGCUGCUCUGGGUGGCGGCAGGACUGAGUGGAGUAGCCAGAGUGAGCUCCCGCUGUGAAAAAGCCUGCAACCCUCGGAUGGGAAACUUGGCUUUGGGGAGAAAACUCUGGGCCGACACCACCUGUGGCCAGAACGCCACCGAACUGUACUGCUUCUACAGUGAGAACGCCGAUCUCACUUGUCGGCCGCCCAAAUGUGACAAGUGCAAUGCUGCGCACCCUCACCUGGCUCACCUGCCGUCGGCCAUGGCAGACUCGUCCUUCCGGUUUCCACGCACGUGGUGGCAGUCGGCAGAGGAUGUGCACAGGGAAAAGAUCCAGCUGGACCUGGAGGCUGAAUUCUACUUCACGCACCUGAUUAUGGUGUUCAAGUCCCCCCGGCCAGCAGCCAUGGUGCUGGAUCGGUCCCAGGACUUUGGGAAGACCUGGAAGACUUACAAAUACUUUGCAACCAACUGCUCGGCUACAUUUGGCCUGGAAGAUGAUGUGGUCAAGAAGGGAGCUCUCUGCACUUCUAGAUACUCCAGCCCUUUCCCGUGCACUGGAGGAGAGGUUAUUUUCAGAGCGCUGUCACCGCCCUACGAUGCCGAGAACCCUUACAGCGCCAAGGUUCAGGAGCAGCUGAAGAUCACCAACCUCCGUGUGCAGCUGCUCAAGCGACAGUCUUGUCCCUGUCACAGGAAUGACCUGAACACAAAGCCGCAGCAUUUCACACACUACGCCAUCUACGAUUUCAUUGUCAAGGGCAGCUGCUUCUGCAACGGCCAUGCUGAUCAGUGUGUACCUGUUGACGGCUUCAGACCUGUCAAGGCCCCGGGAGCAUUCCACGUGGUCCAUGGGAAGUGUAUGUGUAAGCACAACACAGCAGGCAGCCACUGCCAGCAGUGUGCACCACUGUACAAUGACCGGCCCUGGGAGGCAGCUGAUGGCAGAACCGGGGCUCCUAAGGAGUGCAGAACAUGCAAGUGCAACGGGCAUGCUGAGGCCUGCCACUUCGACAUUAACGUGUGGGAGGCGUCAGGGAACCGGAGCGGUGGGGUCUGCGCCAACUGUCAGCACAACACGGAAGGCCAGCACUGCCAGCGCUGCAAGCCUGGCUUCUACCGCGACCUCCGGAGACCGUUCUCUGCUCCGGAUGCUUGCAAAGUGUGUUCCUGCCAUCCAGUCGGAUCUGCUGUCCUUCCUUUCAGCUCUGUGACCUUCUGUGACCCCAGCAAUGGGGACUGCCCAUGCAAGCCUGGGGUGGCAGGGCCCCAUUGUGACAGGUGCAUGGUGGGAUACUGGGGCUUCGGAGACUACGGCUGCAGACCCUGUGACUGUGCCGGGAGCUGUGACCCUCUCACGGGAGACUGCAUUAGCAGCAACACAGACAUAGACUGGUAUCAUGAAAUGCCCGACUUCCACUCCACGCACAAUAAGAGCGAACCAACCUGGGAGUGGGAGGAUGAGCAAGGAUUUUCGGCUCUUCGACACUCAGGUAAGUGUGAAUGUAAGGAACAGGUGUUAGGAAACCCCAAGGCAUUCUGUGGAAUGAAAUACUCAUAUGUGCUCAAAAUAAAGAUUUUAUCAGCUCACGAUAAAGGUUCUCAUGCUGAGGUCAAUGUGAAGAUUAAAAAAGUCUUAAAAUCUACCAAACUGAAGAUUUUACGAGGAAAGCGAACGUUGUAUCCAGAAUCGUGGACUAACCGAGGCUGCACCUGUCCCAUCCUCAAUCCUGGUUUGGAGUAUCUUGUAGCCGGACACGAAGAUGUGAGAACAGGCAAAUUAGUUGUGAAUAUGAAAAGUUUCGUCCAGCGCUGGAAACCGUCGCUUGGAAGAAAAGUGAUGGAUAUUUUAAAAAGAGAGUGCAAGUAGCAAUGAAGGUGUCCAGCACAAAAUGGCAUGUCCCUGUGUUCACAACACAAACUGAAGGGAAAGGAGACCUUGAAAAUAAAACUGGAAUUGUUUAAAGUGCCAAAAUGUAUAGAGAUGUUGCAAUGCAUGGGCUUGGAGGUGGCCUAACCUCUCUCAUCUGGGUCCAUGUUUAAAAUACAGGUUUGUUUCAUAAAAAUAAGGAAUGAAAAACCCUCCACUGACAUCUGUUUUCUAUGGGACCGGCUCUGAGAUUCCUAACUGUUGAGGAUAUUUUAAUAGUAGCAUGCUAUUUAGCAAUAAUCUGUCAUGGGCAGUACCUCCAACAAAGCCUCCUCCCGGCUUCAACUCCGAUGCUCUCACCUGAUGCUACUGAAAAUCAUUCAUGAGACUUUAGGGCAUCCCCAACCCUAGUAUCAGAAAAGGUGUUCCUUAAAAAGAGCCUUCUCUGGCAUGUUGUGUGCGGACUUUGGUCUGGGGGGGUGUGAAAGGGACCCUCUCCACCUAUGGAUAGCAUUUCCUUGUAUAAAGCACUUUAACUGUGUUGUGAGAUUUUGGAGACUGCUGUUGACUGGCAGGAAAGAAAAGGGCACGGAAGAAAACCGACCGAAACAGAAGCACUGCCACAAAACGUGGACAGGAGUGGCCCCGGAAAGGAAGCUGAGCUAUUUGCCUCUGGACACACGGAGACUCGACGUCCCAGGGCAAUAGGUUGGCGUGAAGUCUCAGCCGUGGGCUCCAAGUUAAGAGUCCCAGAUGCCAGCGUGAUGAAACUUUUAAACAAACUAAACAAGAGCAGACUUCAAAAUGAGAGGAAGAAAUCCUAAGAGUAGAAAUAUGCUUGGGGAAAGAGGAUACGGACUUUGCAUUCUAAAAAGCUCAUUUGUUUGCAGCACACUUGGAUACACUUCAAAAAUUGUCGACACAGAAUUGGUUAUAUUUUUGUGUUUAGUAUUUCAACCCGAACAUCAAAAUGGCUUUCCUCUUUGUCUUUAUUAACAGUAUAUGGUCAUUAUAUUUACCCACUGUUUAACACAAUGUAUGGGAUGGUUCACCAAAUUACGCUUUUUCAUGAUAAUUCAUUUUCUGUACCCAUGUGUGACCACUAUACAUACAGUUUCUUCUGUUCUUGAAUAUGUAAAACCUGAACCACAGUGCCAUAAGAUUAACUUCACAUACAAAAAAAAAAAUAUCCUGAAGUCCUGUGGACUUGCAAAAUAUAUAUAUAUUGCUUUGUUAAUUUGUUUUUAUAUUUCCUAUAUGUAAUAAAGGAAUAUGAUCUCC